AUGUCAAAAUUCUUGAGUUGCAUUGCUCCGAAAAAUGAUGAAGAAAAAAAACGAAAAUUAAUCAAUAAGCAAAUUAGUACAAAAUUAAAAAAAGAUGGAAAAGUUUAUAAAGCCACUUAUCGUUUACUUCUCUUAGGCGCCGGUGAAUCGGGCAAAUCAACGGUUGUCAAACAAAUGAAAAUUUUGCACAAUCCAUUCACUACACAAGAAAAGCUCGAUAAAAUUCCCGAUAUUAAACGCAACAUUCGUGAUUCAUUAACUAGUAUUUUACGUGCUCUGGAUAUGAUAAAUCCACCAGUGAGAUUAGAACGUCCAGAAAAUCAAAUAUGCGCAACAUAUAUCUUAACAACAGCACAUCAAUUAGAUUUCGAUUAUCCAUCCGAAUUUUUCGAUCAUGCAGAAAAACUAUGGCGCGAUGCAGGUGUACAGAAUUGCUAUUCUCGAUCAAAUGAAUAUCAAUUGAUCGAUUCUGCUAAAUACUUUCUCGAUCGUGUCAAUGAUAUCAGAAAGCCAAAUUACAUGCCCAAUGAUCAAGAUAUCCUUCGGUGUCGUGUGCUUACAUCAGGUAUUUAUGAAACGAUUUUUACAGUUGACCGGGUGCGCUUUCAUAUGUUUGAUGUUGGUGGACAACGUGAAGAACGUCGAAAAUGGAUUCAAUGCUUUAAUGACGUUACCGCGAUAAUAUUUGUCACAGCAUGCAGUGGUUUUAAUUUAGUACUUAUCGAAGAUGAAAAACAAAAUCGAUUGAGAGAAUCACUUGAUUUAUUUAAAAAUAUUUGGAAUAAUCGAUGGUUGAAAACAAUCUCUGUUAUUUUAUUUCUCAAUAAACAAGAUCUUCUAGCAGAAAAAAUAAAAGCUGGUUAUCGACUUGAUGAAAACUUUCCUGAAUUUGCUCACUAUGUCAUUUCCAAUGUUGAAUCAGACGGUUCUUUUUCGAAAUAUAAGAAAGCUGAACCCAAUGAAGAUCCUGAAGUAACUCGAGCCAAAUAUUUCAUACGUGACGAAUUUUUACGAAUUAGUACACGUGUUGGCAAAAGUGAUCAUUCGUGUUAUUCUCAUUUUACAUGCGCUGUUGAUACGGAAAAUAUUCGUCGAGUAUUUAAUGAUUGUCGCGAUAUAAUUCAGCGUUCGCACUUGAGACAGUAUGAAUUACUGUGA